AUGUUUCUUGUGAAUCAAUCCACUUAUCUCGGUGGUCGUCGAGACGCCAUUCGAAAAGCAGCGUUAGGAUAUCUGCGAACCUAUUGCUACCUGAUUCAACACGAGUCUGACUUCCGCAUCGCGAAGCAGGACCACCUCUGCCUUGUUCCCCAUAGGGUGGGUUGGGUAGCCUUCUGUCGCUUCAUUUCUGCCUUGGACCAGACCAAGGACGCCAACGUGUUGGGCCGAUAUCGCUAUGGAGAGCUGAGGCUUUCCCGCCUAAACUUCUACGCGCCAUUCUUCCUCCGCAAAUUCCACUUUGAACAAAUCCAUGGCCAAUAUGGAGAUUAUUUUGCGAGGCUCUAUGGGCCCAUUUUCUUCAUCUUUGCUAUAGUCUCGACUAUACUAAAUUCUAUGCAGGUUGGGCUGGCGGUUGAUCAGGUUGCUACGACACAUUGGCUCUCGUUAUGGCCUGCCUUUCGUUCUUUUAGUGCCGUUGUACUAAUUGGGGCGGCACUUCUAUCACUCUGCUUUAUCAUUCUUUGGUUGUGGCUUUUUCUAAAUGAGUGGGUAUAUGCUAUAAGAGUUCGCAGACAAAAGAAAUGGGAGCAAAAAUUAACCCAGUGCUAAGGAAUAAGAAGCAGAAAUCUCUAUGAUCCACCUAUUUUGCUUUCUUAGCUUGCAUAAAACAUUCCACUCCUUCAUACAAAUGGUCACCAGAGUGUAUGAAUUUUGUUACAUAAUCCAUCAUCAAGCUGAGGGUUGCAUGCUAGGAUAUUACUAUUUCAGCCGCACGAGGCUGUGAUGAAAAUAAGACGUUGAUAAGAACAGCUCAUGUACGCUUUUAGUCUUUGACUUCAAUCUCUCAAUCAUCGACAUCUAAGAUGGUAUUUGCCCGUAACGCUCUAUUAGCGUUCUACACUAACAGUAAAUAAGGUUCGGCCCGUGGAAGAUGCGAUCGGCUUGACAGUUCUCCGCGACCCGCUCGCACAACCGAUAGUGGGACCUCAAGCACAGGCCGUUGACGUUGAGCACGUCCUCCCUAAACUUGUCUCCUUAGUUGUCUCUAACUAGGUUUACAGUAUUGUCGCAAUCCAUGGCAUUGGUGCCCACCCUGAUGAUACCUGGUGUAAGAAUGUCGGCACACCAGACGCGCCAUGCUACGUGAACUGGCUUACCCACGAGGGCAUGUUACCACAAGCCGCCCCAAAUGCCCGGAUACUGCGAUAUGGGUACGAGUCUGAGUGGUUUGGAGAGAAUGCAAUUUCCCAGAAGACGACGACUGUUGCAGAUCGGCUCCUUCUCACCUUAAGACGUGAAAGAAAGGUAAGUAGCUAGCUUAGGUUGAUCUAAUCGCUAAAACAAUAUAUUGUAGGAGUUUCCCCUUCGCCCAUUGAUAAUGAUAGCGCAUUGCUUUGGCGGACUAGUAGUCUUAAAGGUUGGUCCUGUAGACCCUCUUAUUGCCUUUAACGAACACUAGUAGGCUCUCCUCAAAGCGCAAUACUAUAAAGAUGAGUGGCCGGGUAUAUUUGAGUCUACCACUGGGCUCGUGUUCUUCGGCACACCAUUCAGAGGAUCGGUGGGCAUGAAACAGAGUGAGAUGCUUGAAGCGGCACAGAGGGAAUACAACGAGGAUCAAAUCCAGACAGAAGUGCUACGGGUACUUGAACCAGGGAACGAGUUCCUUCAAGAACUUGUUGAUAGCUUCUGCAAGACACGGUCACAAGCAAACAAGGCACGAGUCACCUGUUUCUUCGAGAUGAAAGCAAGCAAUGUUGGAGCUGUUGUUGGCGGACAAGGACGAAUAGUAUGUCAAGUUCAUAUUUACUGUCAAGUUGCUAACAAUUUGUUAGAGAUUCGUGGUGAAUGAGAGCUCAGGCUGUCUUGACCCCUCAGAGUCAACUAAAAAUUACUCCCUCUCCCGAACCCACUUUAAUAUGAACAAAUUUGGGAAGCCGACAGAAGAAGACUUCUUAACUGUGUCCGAGGUAAUUCAGGAUAUGGUUAAGGUAGCUCCUCAACUAGUCAUAGCACGAGCUAAAUGUGAAUAUACCCCCUUGUUUCUUGAACACUAUAUAUAGUAAAGAAUAGGGUCUUAAUUGUUAAUCCUCAACCUUAGUAGCCAACAAAAAACACCAGGUUCCUUUUUCUCUCAAAGGCGUCCCGUCAGUAAGUCACUUUGUUGGACGUGAAAGUGAGAUAAAGCUACUCGAGGACUCUGUUCUUCCAGCUCCUUCAAGACCUCGGCGCAAAGUCUACGUAAUUCACGGCUUAGGUGGAAUAGGAAAGACACAGGUCGCGAUUGAGUUUGCCCGGAAGCAUCACCAGAGGUAUAACGCCGUAUUCUGGCUUGAUGGGUCAUCGAGGGACACUUUGUUUCAGUCACUAGUCGAUAUCGCACGUAGGUUGCCACGAGAUGAAUUGACAGCGGAUAUAGCGCAAGAGCUUUCAAAUCCAAAGAUUGAUGUUGAAGCUGUGAUAAGGGGCGUACAGCAAUGGCUGUCGCUCCCUUCAAAUCGACAGUGGCUUCUUAUCUUCGAUAACAUCGACCGCGACCAUACAAAUGGCCAAGAUCUACAAUCAUACGACGUAAAGGAUUUUUUCCCUGAUGCAGACCAUGGAUCAAUCAUCAUCACAAGUCGGUUGUCCAAUCUUCAAAGAUAUGGAAGGGGCUCUAAGCUAAGCAUUGUUGACGAUGAAGAAGCGAUGACUAUCUUAGAGAAUAACGCAGAUAGAGUGAUUCAAGGUAAGUAAUAGAGCCUAAUUUUAUUUGAUAUCUAUAUGUAGUCUUACUAUUACUAUAGGCUCGAUAGAGGCUUCCUUGAUACUUGAUCGGCUCCAAGGGCUCCCUCUCGCACUAACACAAGCUGGGGCGUAUUUACGAGAAACGAGCAUUACACUCUCUGAUUAUAUAAAACACUACAAUCACACCUGGGAUACAUUAAUGCAACAUCAAGAUGAGUUUCCCUUACAGGAGUACUUGGAUCGAACUAUUUUAACAACGUGGAAAAUGUCAUACAAUCAAGUAGUAGCCCAAAAUCAGGACGCAGCAGGUUUAUUAAGGUUGUGGGCCUUCUUAGAUCAUACAGACUUGUGGUAUGAGAUGGUUUCCUCUGCUUUACAGCUUCUUCCUGAGCUUGAUAUUGCGGUAUCUGAUUGGCUGCUUCAAGUGGCUAGAUCUCAGCUCAAGUUCUUGAGUGCAAUGAGAAUACUUUCGCGAUACUCACUUGUUGAUUCGCGAGAGGGCACGGCUAGUCACUCGAUGCACGCUGUCUUACACAAAUGGUGCUUCUUACUAUCUGAAGGAAGUGAAAGAAAAGACUUGUCUAUAGCAGCGAUUGGUAUGGUAGCGUUAACGGUUCCCUCCGAAUCUGCUUACAAGGAUCGACUAUUACAGAGGCGAAUGUUACCACACCUUCUAUAUAUCUACCCGUUUGCUCGCGACAAUAGAUGGGCUCAAUGGGACAUAAUUGAUGGCAAUCACCAGGGGUGGAUAUUUUCCCAACUAGCGAUGAUAUUUGGAGAUCAAGACAAGCUGGUGGAGGCCGAGCAGAUGUACCAGCGGGCGUUGCAAGGCUAUAAGAAGGCCCUUGGACCAGAUCACACAUCGACCCUGAAUACAGUCAACAACUUAGGCAACCUCUACUCUGAUCAAGGCAAGCUGGUGGAGGCCGAGCAGAUGUACCAGCGGGCGUUGCAAGGCAAAGAGAAGGCCCUUGGACCAGAUCACACAUCGACCCUGAAUACAGUCAACAAUCCUAUCUCGUCAAGACUUCGUCAACGCACUUCCCAUAAUAACACGUUCUCCGAGCAUUCUAGCGACACACUACUAAGAAAUAAGCGGAAGAACAGCCAAAAAGAGAAUAGUAAAAAUAAGAAACCACGGCGGAAGGAAAAUUCCAAGUUGUGAUAACAAUUCAAGAAAAGGCUGACCUUUGUCAGCCGAUAGAUACGUCUGUUAUACAAGGUGCGAUGCUAACCUUUUUCACAUCUAUUUAUUUGGACAACAACUGUUUUGUACAAAUUCACGAUUUAAUAACAUAUAACCUUUUAUUAUUAAGAACAACUAUUACUACUAGCAAAAUCGAAAGAAAUCCACGCUGAACGGAUUCUUAGCUCUGUGCUUACGCGUAAUUUCAUACCUAUAAGAAGUAGGCGUUCAAGCCCCUUUUAGUGACUGUGAUGUUAAUGAUAGCAGCUCGGAUUGGAGAUGAAGCAACGACUACUAAAAGCAGCAGUUAGAAAAAGCUCAUUCGAAAGAAUGUUUUACUAGAGAUGUAUACAGGGCCGGGAAUUGGAGGAAACAGCGGUAGGUAUGCUUUAGAAGAUGUAAAUUAAAUAGAAUU